UUUGCUCUUCCAUGUACAAAACCAUAUAACCAAAUCCCAACUCCAAAACGAAACAACAAAACAAAUGGUAAUCCAAGAAGAGGGGAUCAAGUUAUUUGGAAAGACCAUCGCCGUGCCGGCGGUAAAAGCCACCGUCAAGGAAGAGAGCCAUCACGUCGGCGACGAAAAGGAGGAUCACGAUGACGGCGGCAGCGGCAGCGACGGCGAUUCGCCGAGCUUGGACAAGAAGCCAGACAAGAUAAUCCCGUGCCCUAGGUGCAAGAGCCUCGAGACCAAAUUCUGCUACUUCAACAACUACAAUGUCAACCAGCCCCGCCAUUUCUGCAAAGGCUGCCAGCGCUACUGGACCGCCGGCGGGGCCCUCCGCAACGUCCCCGUCGGCGCCGGCCGCCGCAAGAACAAGCCCCCUGGCGCCCGGAUCAGUCCUCCCGCCAGCGGGUUCUCCGAUGGGGUUCAUCAUCCGUUUCAGGUGGACGCCGCGGUGGUUGAGGAGUGGCAAUUGGCGGCGGCGGCAGGUGGGUUUCGGGAUGUUUUCCCGAUCAAGCGGCGGCGGUGCGACUCAGGUGGUCAACCGUGUGUAAAUUAGCUAGUUUUUGGUUUUUACUAAAUUAUUGAUUCCCCUUUUUGCCCCCCCCCCCUCCUUCCUCCCUCGCUCUCUUUGAAUUCUCCGCUUAGAAAUUAUUAUGUAAGUGAUCAUAUCAUAAUCACAUGUAUAUCGGAAAGAAAUUAUUAUAAAAGAUGUACAAAUCUAACCAUAUCCAAGUUUGUUCUGUUUCGUAUUUGAUAUACCUAAUUAAUCAGCCAAAUCACAACGAAAUUAAGCUGGCAGUGAUGAUAACUGAUGACAUUUUUUCAAGUAUUUUAUCAGCCCUCAAUAUGAAUGGAGAAGGCAGAAAAUGAGGGUUUAAAUUUUGAAUUUAAAGUUCAGAAUUGCUCGAUCAAACUUAAAUUACCUAAUCUCUUAGGAUGGGAAAUUGAAGUCUAAAUCUUUAGAUUAAAAACAAUUAAAAGAU